UUCAGAAGAAUGAGUUUGCGUGAAGUGAAGACGAUGAACUACUAAAAGCUGAAAAAAACCUCUGUAUGGUAUUUUUUAAAUUUUAAAAAGAGACAAGAUUUUUUUUUCAGCUGCACUCAGAGAUUAAUUGGGAUAAAAAGCCGCCGUAAGAUUCACAUGAUGAGCUGCUCUGGACAGAAACGAUUCACCUGUACCCAGUGUGGAAAGAGUUUUAGAAAAUCAUCAAACCUUAAUCAACACUUGAAGAUCCACACUGGAGAGAAACCAUUCACAUGUACUCAAUGUGGUAAGAGUUUCACACAAUUAACAAACCUUAAUCGACACAUGAAGAUCCACACUGGAGAGAAACCAUACAUAUGUACCCAGUGUGGUACGAGUUUUACAGACCCCUCAUCACUGAUUAAACACAAGCUGAUCCACACUGGAGAGAAAAGACACAAAUGUGAUCGAUGCGGUAAGACAUUUGCAAGGGGUUCGCUUCUGAAGAUCCAUCUAAGAGUUCAUACGAAGGAGAAACCAUAUUCAUGUUCUGUGUGUGGAAAGAGUUUUGCAGCGCAGUCAAGAUUAAGCCUACAUCAGAAGAUCCACACUGGUGUGAGAGAGUAUUAUUGCUUUGAGUGUAAGACGACUUUUAUGACGGCUGAUAAUUUGAAACGGCAUGAAAGGAUUCACACUGGAGAGAAACCGUACACGUGUUCACACUGCGACAGGAGAUUCAGACAGGUACAAACCCUGAGAUCACAUGAGAGGAUUCACACUGGAGAGAAACCGUACACGUGUUCACACUGCGACAAGAGAUUCAAUCAGAAAGGAAACAUGAAAGUACAUGAGAGGAUUCACUCAGCAAUUUUCUAGCCUGACUAAAACACAUUCGAAACCAAGGAGUAAGAAAAUUUCCCUGAAUGCGCCAGCCACAACAGCAGGAUAGCUGCACUCGGAAGUAUGGAAAUCCACAAAUUAUUAUAUAUAAUUUUUUGUCAUUAUUACAACAUUAUAUUUUUACAGCAAACAAGCGCAUGUUUUAUUAUAUUCAUAACCGCGCUUGUGUUUUACAGUCAUGCUUUAAAACACAAACGCUAAAAUAAAAAACGCUACAUUUCAUGAUCUAUAAUCCAUAAUCAUAACCCCUGGACAGCAGUCCCACAACAUUCUGACACUCAAUGACACUCAAAUCCCCUGUCAGAAAAGUCUAGUGCCUGGGAAUGGGCUUUUCACAGUGUCUGCUAUAAUGUUAAGGUUGUUUUCGUGUGUUUACACAGAUGAAUAUGGCCACUGUGUAAAUGUACAGUACAGUUAUGAUCUUAUUGCCACAUUAGAUCGUUAUGAUAACAUGA